CCGGAAGUUGUACAGGACUUUUAUUUGUGUAGAGCGCGACGUGAAACCGGAAGUUCUUUUCUUUAUUUACGCUUGUAAACAUGGCGGACAUGGACGAGCUGUUCGGGAGUGAUGGAGACAGUGAUAACGAACAACGAGAUUCAGGUUCCGGCUCUGGUUCUGGGUCCGACUCGGAGCAGGAGAGGCCACGAUCAGUCAGUAACGCCUCUGGCAGCGGAAGCGACAGGGAUCAGGAGGAUGAUGAUGAUGACUACGAUGAUGGUCGGGAUGGUGGGAAGCCGAGCAACAAAGAGCUGUUCGGAGACGACAGUGAAGAUGAGCGGGGCAGCGACAACCAAUCGAGACACUCGGGGAACGACAACCAGUCAGAUGCCAGCGAGCACUCGGAGGCGGAGCAACACAGUGGCUCAGAGGGACAUCAUGAGGAGGAAGACGACGAUGAUGCUCACAGUCACAGGUCAGAUGCAGGGAGCCCCGCCUCUGGCCCUGGGAGCCCCGCCUCUGGCCCUGGGAGCCCCGCCUCUGGCCCUGGGAGCCCCGCCUCUGGCCCUGUGAGCCCCGCCUCUGGCCCGGGGAGCCACGCCUCUGGCGCGGGGAGCCCUGCCUCUGGCGCGGGGAGCCCUGCCUCUGGCGUGGGGAGCCCCGCCUCAGGCCAGGGGAGCCCCGCCUCUGGCCCAGGGAGCCCCGCCUCUGGAGGUGGAAGCCCCGCCUCUGGAGCAGGAAGUCACCGAUCAGGAAGAGGAAGCGUCACCCCGAUGUCGGACCACUCGGACGGAGAAGGCUCGGUGAGAGAUGCUCACUCAGGAGAUGAGAAGUGGGGGGGCGAGGGGAAGAGGGGCAGCCCACACUCUGACCAAUCAGAGGACGAGGAGAAGCAACGCAACUCAGAUGAAGAGCGAGAUCACUCGGACGAUGAGGGGAGGGAACACAAGUCUGGUUCAGUUAAAGGCAGUGACAGUGAGGAUGACUUUGUGGGAAUGAAGAAGAAGAAGAAGAAGAAGAAAGCAGCUUCUGAUUCUGACUCAGACAGUGAUGUGGGGGGACAGAGAGGUAAGAAGAGUGCGGCAGACGAUCUGUUCGGAGAAGCAGACGACAUUUCGUCAGACAGCGAUAAUGAGAAACCACCCACACCUGGACAGCCUCUGGAUAAUGAGGAGGGUAUGGAAGGAGAUCAGCAGGAGGAGGAGCCGCUUCCUGAGACCAGGAUAGAAGUGGAAAUCCCUAAAGUCAGCACAGAUUUGGGAAGCGACCUUUACUUUGUCAAACUGCCCAACUUCCUGAGUGUGGAGCCGAGGCCGUUUGAUCCUCAGUAUUAUGAGGAUGAGUUUGAGGAUGAGGAGAUGUUGGAUGAAGAAGGCAGGACCAGGCUGAAGCUGAAGGUGGAGAACACUAUCAGGUGGCGCAGUCGCCGUGACGAUGAGGGGAACGAUAUCCGCGAGAGCAACGCGCGUAUCGUGAAAUGGUCCGACGGCAGCAUGUCUCUGCACCUGGGGAAUGAGGUGUUUGAUGUGUAUAAAGCUCCUCUACAAGGAGACCACAAUCACCUGUUCAUCAGACAGGGGACAGGACUUCAGGGCCAAGCUGUGUUUAAAACUAAACUCACCUUCAGACCCCACUCGACAGACAGCGCCACUCACAGGAAGAUGACUCUGUCUCUGGCUGAUCGAUGCUCCAAAACACAGAAGAUCAGAAUUUUGCCGAUGGCUGGGCGAGAUCCAGAGUCCCAGAGGAACGAGAUGAUAAAGAAAGAGGAGGAGAGGUUGCGGGCGUCUAUCCGGCGCGAGUCUCAGCAGAGGAGGAUGAGGGAGAAGCAGCACCAGCGAGGCCUGAGUGCCGGAUACCUGGAGCCUGAUCGCUAUGACGACGAGGAAGAGGGAGAUGAAGCCAUCAGCCUCGCUGCGAUUAAGAGCAAAUACAAAGGAGGAGGCCUGAGAGAGGAGAGAGCAAGGAUCUACUCAUCUGACAGUGAUGAAGGCUCUGAUGAUGAUAAAGCACAGCGCCUUAUGAAGGCCAAGAAACUCGACAGUGAUGAGGAAGGAGAAAACUCUGGGAAGAGAAAGGCUGAGGAUAACGAUGACUCGUCCACCAAGAAAGCUAAGAAAUAUGUCAUCAGUGAUGAAGAGGAGGAGGAAGAUGAGGAAGAUUAGUCAAUCAUUUGUUUUCUUAUUGUUCAUCUCUUUGUUUUUGUUUUUUUAUCGUUGAGGGUUCUGAUGAGGGUUGGAGAGGGGGUGUAUAUUUUAUAGCGCUGCAGUGAGAAAUAAAAAAACUGUUGACCUUGA